AUGAGCGCAGACGACCUCCAGCCAUCGAAGCUGGGCACGAAGCAGCACUGGGACGAUGUCUACCAACGCGAAGUCGCGAACUUCACAGAGACGGGUGACGAGGGCGAAGUGUGGUUCGGCGAAGACAGCGUCGAGAAAAUGGUCGACUGGGCCGCCGAGCACGUCCCUCCCGCAUCUCAGCCCUUCGUGCUCGAAGUCGGCAGCGGCAACGGCGCACUCCUGUUCUCGCUCUCUGAGGUGGGGUACGACGCCUCGCGGCUUGCGGGCAUCGACUACAGCCCCGACGCCGUCACGCUCGCUCGGCUGGUCGCCGCGAACCGGGGGGCGGAGCGGAUCACUUUUACUGUCUGCGAUUUCUUGGCCGACGUCCCUGUGGGGUUGGACGGCCGGCCCGGGUGGAGUGGAGGCUGGGAUCUCCUGUUGGACAAGGGAACGUAUGACGCUAUUGCGCUAGGCGAGAAGGAUGAGGACGGGAAGUCGCCCGUGUCGGGGUACCCUGCGCGCGUCGCAGCGCUGCUCAGGCCAGGCGGACACUUCCUCAUAACAUCGUGUAACUUCACAGAAGAGGAGCUCAGAGCCGGUUUCGCUACUCCGGAAACACGCCUCGUGUACCACUCUCGAAUAAAAUUUCCCUCUUUUUCCUUCGGAGGACACAGCGGAAACGUCUACUCCAGCGUCGCUUUCCAAAAGGCUUCCCUCCCGCCAUAA